AUGGCAUCUUAUUUAUUGUGUUUAGUAAAUUUCGUGGUAGUGUAUACAUGUAUUUGUAUUACCCACUGUUUGCUGCUUAACGAUCCUUUGGUCGUCGAGCAGCGUUUAGCUCGCAUGGAAUCUUUGGUUGAAGGACUCUCCCAAGAAGUCACUGCAUUGAGAUCUGAGAAUACAGACCUGAAAUCUAAAAUUACCUCAGAAACACGAACACCAGUGUAUUUUUCGGCAUACAGGAAGAACAGUCUGACCUUGACAUCGCCCUCCAAGGUGGAUGUUGUGUACGAUGUUGUUCGAAGUAACUUCCACAACUGCUAUAACCCCACCACAGGCCAUUUUACAGCACCAAUGAAGGGCUUUUAUGUCUUUAGUUGGGAAACCUCAACAGCUGCUGGGAAAAUAUUUGAUACCGAACUACUGGUCAAUGGUACAAGACAUCAACUAAAUUACUGUAACAAUUUGGCAACAACUGCUGCCUUUUCAAGCUGCACUGGGGUCGUCCCUAUCCAGCUUGAAGCUGGGGAUGUCGUUAACAUCAGAAGCACUGUUGGGACAUAUUGCCACGGUAGUGGAUGGUCUAUCUUCAGUGGCUGGCUCGUUUUUGAAAUGUAA